AUGGCGGCAGACGGGGCGGGCUCCGCAAAGCUGGGGGGCGCACGGGUCCCGCUCGUGGAUGCUCGAAUUCUUGACGCCUGGAUCUCGAGGAGGCCCCCCCUGAUCCCGGUCGAGAGGCAGCAUCCUGAGGCGAAGCAGGACACCGAGACGCCCUCGCAGCGCCAUUGCGACUGCUCCGACAGGGACGACUUUGGGCUCGACGAGUUUGUGGGCAGAGACGCCCAGGAAGAGCCAGAAGUGCCGAAGGGGCCCUCCGCCGGAGGAGACUUCGCGCUCACCAGCAAGCGGCUCGUCUUCCACACGCAGCUGAGCUCAACGGCGGGCGGUCGUCUUCCGCCCCGAGCUGAUCUGGCUCAGCACCGCGCAGUCGCGCGCUUGGUGAGCGCAUCUGGCGAGCUCACGGUGGCGUGCUCCAAGGCAGCGUAG